UAUUCCGACUGAGGAGACUCAUCAGCUGCGCGGACUGUACGUACAUCUCGUCUGCAGAUUUCCAGUUUCCUACCUUCCCUGGAAACAGAAGUAAGAACUGCUACAGUGCCAGAAAUAUGGAUACGAUACCAACAGCAGCGCAGAGGCCAAAGCCGUCACUUGACGUUUGCCAUGACACACACUCAACCGCCCUCUUGCAGGGUUUGCAGGAACUGCAGUCGGAGAACCUGCUGGUAGACGUCGUCCUUUGUGUCUCUGAGAAAGAAAUCCUAUGCUACAGAAAUUUACUCGCUGCUUGUUGUGGAUAUUUUCGCGCAAUGUUCUGCAAUGGACAUCGUGAGAACAAGGAGCAUAAGGUAACCAUUCACGAGGCCAGUGACAGCAUUGUGCAGCUUCUUGUAGACUACGCCUACACGUCAAAGGUUACCAUCACAGAAGACAACGCUGUAGACCUGUUGGAAGGUGCCAGCUUCUUCCAGUUUCAACCGGUCAUCAGAGAUGCCUGCACAAAGUUCCUGUGUGACACUCUAUGCGUCACAAAUUGUCUGGAGAGACUGAACGUAGGGAACAUGCUGAUGAACCACCAUCUGGAGAGCACUCCAUUGUCGUACGUCAUGAAAGAGUUUUCAGCUGCUAGCCAAACACCAGAUUUCCUUGAUUUGACAAAGGAACUCCUCAUCACACUCAUCUCAUCAGAUGACCUUGACGCUCCUGAAGAAACUGUGUUCAUGGCGGUGAUGAAGUGGAUCAACCAUGACACCAGGAAGAGGAAGAAGGAGAUGAGAGAGCUGAUGGAGCUGGUUAGGUUCCCCUGGAUGGACAAGAUGUACUUCAUACAGAAGGUACAGACUGACAAGACCCUGCGUAAGUGCUGCCCGGAUAUUGUGUCAGAAACACUGAAGUAUCAGGCCUACCCAGGGGAGGUACAGUCACCCCGCACCCAUCCCCGCCAUGCCAGUGGUUUGAGGGAGGCAAUAGUGGUCAUUGGAGGGACAGAGACAUUAGGAAGUGAAGUAGGAAACCGUACUGUUGACAGCAAUGACAUCUUGAUGACUCAUUCGUCUACACCGUCAAACACAACCUGGGUUUCUAUGACCACAAUGAAGACGAGUGAUGACUUUGGAUUUGCUGUGGCUGUUUUGGGCACAAGUGACAUCAUGGUGUCUGGUGGUGAGCUUCAGUGCAGGGACGUUUGGCUGUAUCAGGCAGGACUUGACUGCUGGUCUAAUCUUGCUCCAAUGAACACAGCAAGGUGCUGUCACAAGCUGGCAGUGUUGCAAGGCAAAGUCUAUGCUAUUGGUGGCAGAAUUAGCUUGUCACCACGUCGUGUAACAGCAGCUGUAGAAGUCUAUGACCGAAGCCUGAACAAGUGGGCUGAAGGUGUUCCACUCCCACAGCCAAGGUUAGACCAUGCAGCUGCAGUGUUAGAUGGUAACAUAUAUGUGAUAGGUGGAAUUGGCGCUGACUAAAUCUCAACAUGUACAGUGUACCGGAUCAGCCCAGGAGACUCCCAGUGGU